UUUCAGGCGUGCUUUAGUUUUAGCGGUCAAUCAACUUCACUACAUACACUGCGGAAUUGAUCGAAUUGGUUCAAAUAUGAGUCUCCGGGAAAGUAAAAAACUAUCUGCAUUUUCUGUAUUCAAAACCAAAAGCAAGCAAAACAUUGCUAAUACGAAUGGUGAUACAAAACAAUCAGAUGGACGCCCACCGUUAGACAAAAAAACACAGAAAGCCAUCACUAAGAGAAUUCGUCAAUCCUUGCGAAAGAAACCGAAAGACAGACCAUCAUGCUUGCCUGACAGUGCAACAACACCUAUCUCAAGUCUGAACACUGCAUCUCCUCAGCGAAAGAAGGAUCAUAAACCCAGUACGCCCUCUAGGACUCCUGUAGGUGUAACAAGGAAAGCUAGUAUCAGAGAAAAUAAGGACAGGAAAGAGAAAGAAAACAAGAAAGAUGAGAAUGAAGAAAGUGACAGACCAAGAAAGAAGAGAAAAGUUAGCAGUGAUAAAAAAGGUUCCAAAGAAGAGGAUUAUUCUUCAUCCGCUUCGUCUUCAUCAUCGUCAGGGAAUAAGAACAUCAUCACGCCGUCACAGUUUCUUUCGCAAGAAGUCCAGUUUGAGGAUAGUUCUAUUGAAGCUGAGAAACUCUUCGAAUGGAUGAUAAAUCCAGUAAAACCAAAAAACUUUUUCAGUAAUUUAUGGGAAAAGAAACCAUUAUUGGUGAAACGACACAUGGCGUCAUACAAUGAUGGAUGGUUUAGUACGGAUGAAAUGGAUCAGAUUAUCAGAGAAAAUGAAUUGGAAUUCACACGAAAUAUUGAUGUUACUUCUUACACUGAUGGUAAACGAGAAACCCACAAUCCUGAGGGACGUGCAUAUCCUUCAGUGGUGUGGGAUUAUUAUCAGAAUGGCUGCUCAGUGAGAAUGUUGAAUCCUCAAACCUACAGUAAAUCUAUGUGGAAACUAAAUUCCACAUUACAAGAAUAUUUUGGCUGUGUUGGUGCUAAUAUUUAUUUAACUCCGCGAACUCAAGGUUUUGCACCCCAUUAUGAUGACAUAGAAGCAUUUGUACUUCAACUUGAAGGCAAAAAACAUUGGAAGUUGUACAGUCCAAGAACAGAAGAUGAAACACUGCCAAAAUAUUCUAGUGAUAAUUUUAAAGAAGAAGAUGUGGGAGAUCCGAUAUUGGAUGUUGAAUUAGAAGCAGGUGAUCUUCUUUAUUUUCCUCGAGGGACAAUACACCAGGCUGAAACGAGUGGGGAUACACAUUCAUUGCAUAUUACGGUUUCAACAUGUCAAAAGAAUACCUGGGGAGAUUUAAUGGAAAAGUUAGUACCGCGAGCUUUGGAAUUGGCGUUCAAUGAAGACAUAGAAUUCCGGCAGUCUUUGCCCAGAAACUAUCAGAGUUACAUGGGAGUUGUUAACAGUGAUAAUGAUGAUCCUAAACGUGUGGCAUUUUUGAAUAAGAUUGGUCAGCUGAUGAUGAAAUUAGUGUCCCAUUCACCCGUGGAUGCUGCAGUGGAUCAGAUGUCAGUGGGAUAUGAAAAAUCAAGAAGUGUAUUUAGUAAUGGCGUCAAGUGGAAAGACGGCAAAGUAACCAAUGAAGUGGAGUUAGAUGACAACACACAAAUCAAAUUGGUCAGAAGAGGCGUGGCAAGGCUUGUUACAGAAGAUGAGAAAGUCUUGAUUUAUUACACAUUAGAAAAUUCCAGAAUUUAUCGUGAAAAGCAGCCACAGUACAUAGAGAUUCCAGUCGAGGCUGCACCAGCAGUUGAGUAUUUACUACAUCGGUAUCCUGAGUACGUCAAUAUCGGUAGUCUACCAUUGGACGAAAUGCCAGACAAACAAGUUGAAGUAGCCCAGCUUCUCUAUGAAAGAGGCAUCAUUGUUACAAAGGAGUUAUUACAACCAUUAAUAUAGAUCCUUAAGUCACCAUCUUUAGUUAUAUGUGAAAUAAUAAUUUUGUCUUUUUAUUAAUUUAGUAUGAUAGUUUUUGGUGAAUUACAAAAUAAUUUGUCAGAUUUUGAUAAUGAUUUAAUGAAGGUAGAUAUGAUUUUGAUACUGUCGGUAAAAGUGGUAAUGGUGUUGCAGAUGGAGACUCUUUUUCAUUUUGGUGUCUCUAUUAUCAUUGUGAUUGGCUGUGACUUAAACUGAACAUUUAAAUUCGACCACCGUAAUACCAAAUGGGGAUUGUGCAUCGUCAAUGCCCCUUAAAAUAAAAUUAUGAAUCAGCCCCUGGUUUCUACAUAUUUUUUGCCUUUGUAUAUUGUUGGUGAAUAGUGAUUGAUGGUACAACAAAGAGUUUACAUUUGCUGUACGCAUGUGUUAAUUGCCCACAACCUGUGAAAUUGUCAAUACCAACCAAAUCUCAGUACAUAACUUACUACAGAGGUACGGUAAAUUUGAUUUAAAUAAGACUAAGUACUUAGAAUAUUGGUCUGUUCUUUGAAUAAAGUGCCAUUCUGUCUA